AUGGAUCUCCAACUCGAUAAGAAGAUACUGUUAGCCUUUUUGGUUGCAGUCGUUGCAGCCUUUUCCAUUCAAAUGAUGGUUCAUCAUACGAGUGAUAAUCCCGAUAUUACGCACCAUGCUCAUGCUUCCGUUCCCAAUGAACCUGCCACCAAUGCUCCCAGUGCUCAAUUUAAGGCAGCCAAUGAACACAUGAAAGAAGGAAUGAAAGGAAUGGCUGAAAGUGCUAAAGAUUACCUUCGAGAAAAGAAGAAGGACGUGAAGGAAGAUUUGAAAGAAGUCAAAGAUAAAGCAACCACGUGGACUGAAAAAGUGAGGGAAGCCGUAAGCGAAUUGAAAGAUGAAGUCUUGGAUAAAGCUACUCAAUUGAAAGAUAAAGCCAUAGGUAAAGUAAAGAAGAUGAAAGCAAAAACUGGAGGAAAGGCCCGAAGAAUGAAACAAAAGACCACAGAAUUAAAAGACUUGGCUUCAGAAAAGAUGACCAAUGUCAAGGAAAGUGCUUCUGACUUGAAAGACAUGACCAAGGAGAAGGCCGAUACUCUCAAAGACACAGCAAAGGAAAAGUUGAGUGAUUUGAAGGAGAGUGCCUCUGAGAAGAUGGCCAAUCUCAAGAACGUGGCACAAGAGAAGGCGACCGAUUUGAAGGACAGCAUCAAAGAUACCAUGAAGGAGAAGGUCAGCGAUCUCAAAGACUCCACUACUGACAAGAUGAAGGAUUGGAGCGAAAAGGCCAAAGAAAAGGUUUCAGAUGUGGCCGGCUCGACCAUGGAAGGAGUGAAGAAUGUAGCCUCAGACGUGAAAGAAGGCAUUAAGGAAGGAUUUGAACAUGCCCGAGAUCAGAGCAAUUUAGUGAAUGAAGAGAAGAUGGCCUAUCCUGAUAACGCCUUUCAAAACUUGGAUCCAUUAAAACGUGAAACGUAUCGUGAAGAUGUUGAGAUGGGAAAGGCUCCAAGUGGAAUGCAAAACACUCACACCACCACAACCGACACUGGUGUCAAAACUCCAGAUUUAACAACAACCACAACUACUACCACAACAGAAGCAUCUCCAGAAACUCUGGCAAAAGCAACUGAACCAUUGUAUGAAGAAGAUUUCAAAAAGACACGUGAAAACAAGGGAUGGAUGGGAGAACAAGCAGAGGAAAUUAAAGCAAGCUCAAAGCCUCUUUAG